GAUAGCGAGCGAUACAUUGCGAUGAUUUCUCCAUAUCCGUUCCAUAUUUAUGUGUUUGUUUAAGAUGGCAUCCAUACUGCCAUUGAUUGGCCUCUUAUAUUAGCUGAGGAAAUAAAGUAUUUUUAUCUUUGACUUUGAUCAAACCCAUAACUUAAUGGUUUGACGGGGAUCGAGUUCGUGUCCACAAACCGCCGAACGGCUAUCUGAUGCAGUUGUAUGUUUGGCCGUCGAAAGAAUUAGCAUGCAAUUGAACUGAACGGCGUUGAUGGUUUUGCAUAUUUGGCGCGCGCCCGUUCUCUGUUGCCAAACACUGGGCUCUUUGCUGCAAUUUGCCGUGCUGUUUUUUUGAGAUGCAUAGGCAAACUGACGUUGCCCCGCUUUGAGUUAUUUUAUUAAUCAUUCCAGACCAGUGCGGAAAUAUGUGACACACUGCGUCGCAAUUGUGUUAUGUACGCAUGACAGCGAAAAUACUACCCUGGGAAUUUCAGGUCUAUCGUUCUGUAUUGAACCGUACAAUUUCUUUCAUUUAUUGUGACAGCUGCAACAUGUUCAACACAUCGUAUACCGGCACUCCCGGCUGCGAUGCGGAGUGUAUUGUGGAAACAACGGCAUUGUGCGGCAUCUGGCUGAGCGGAAUGGUGUUGAACAUUAUUUCCGGCGUUAUUUUCUACCGCAAGGGCUCACGCCGCACCAGCGGGCAUCGUUUUCUAAUGAGCAUGACCUUUUGCAAUUUACUCCUGAUGAUCGGCGUGAUUCCCAUCAGUGUGUAUGUAAAGUUCGCCGCCCCGGCUAAUCUAACGCGUAUCCAUUUCACCGGCUUAUUUUGCCAGCUCGUGGCGCUGGGAUUUCAUGCAGCUGUCGGCAUAAUUAUGCUCACCGUGCUCUUGAUCGGUCUGGAUAGAUUUUUAGCAUGUGUUGGUAAUCCAUUACACCAUAGUCGCCGGAUGAGCUACACGCGAUCAUUAUGCUUAAUAUCGGCAUCAUGGUGUCUGCCGGUGGCCGUUCUCAUGCCGCUGGCCUGGCAGGAUACGCAUAUAUUUUUCCUGCACAAUGGCUACUGUGACAUUAAUUGGUCCGGGACCGGCACAGCGCAGUUAGUGGCCUGUGUCUACGCCGCGCUGACGUUUGUCCUGCCGUUUAUUGCCCUGGCCGCCAUCUACAUCAAGGUGUUCAUUUCCGCCAAGAAUGCCGCCUCGACAACCCGGAAGAAUUUUGUUUACGAAUUUCAGAAUCAUCUGGGCAUCCGGCGGAGCAUUACGGUGGAAUUGGCCAAGAGUCGCAGCGGCGGCGACACCCGGCUCUCAUCGGGCGCGACGGCCGAACGGCACAGUUCCUACUCAUCACUGCAAGCCUUCUUAACCGGUCAUGACAACCGGAAAACGGUACAGAUUGUCAUAUGGAUCCUGCUGUCCAUAUUAAUCUGCGCAUUCCCGGUCUAUCUGCUGAUGGUUAGUCGGGCCUUCUCGCUAGCACGCUUCGAUCAUAACGACAAAUAUCAACGUUUAGUCUUCUUUCUCUUCUUUGUCGCCUCCACGAUCUGCAAUCCGUUCCUGUACAUUUUCAGUAAUUCCAGUCUGCGGCGGGAUGUCAGGAGAUUAUUCAUGGGCAAGGCCGAGAUCCGACGGCAGUGCAGUCUGCAGAUUAACAACGGCAGCUUCCGGUCGCAGACGUUGUUGCAGGUGCAGCCGUCGCAUGCGCUACAGCAGCAGCGGUCUGACUCCAGGUGUAUCUCCACACGACCCUCUCUCUGCAUGGAGAUUGCCAGUGGUACACCCACGUCCGCCGCCGCCGCGUCGCUGGCCGCAUCCGCAUGCAACCAUCAUCCGGCGCCGGCCGGUAAGCAAUUAUCCAUAAAUCUCCUGCCUAAUGAAAACGAGGAUACCCGAUUAUUAAUGCCUAAUCACUCCGCUAAUAGUCUAAUGGGCAAAUCAUCUUCCAGCCGCAGUCUUAGUCGGAAAAGUGUGUCAUUUAUGGAGGAGGAUAACCCGUUUGUUGGCCGUGUCGCCGCGGCGGCUCGUGAUUAAUGGAUGCCGUUCCAAUCUCUUAACACUUGCGCAUUUGCAAAUUAGUUCGCCGAAGAAGGGUGAACCGAUCUGGGCAAAAUUCCGUUAUGUGAUACGCACAUCUUCAUUACUCGAACAGUUUGUACAAUGAAUUGCUUAUAUUAAUUUUUACGUCUUAUUAGGCUUUUAUAGUCCUGUUAAUUUUAUAUUAGGCAUAGCUCCAAAUUUACUGGUCUCGUAUGUGAUUUCGGUAAUCCCGGUGAAUGAAUUCGACUUCU